UUUCAAGUCAUAACUUGGUCUUUGGGAGCCGAAUUUUGAUCUGAUCUCAAUUUUAUCAAAAUACUAGCUUAAGGCAACGACCUUUCCAACGCCGUCGUCCGAAGCGUCUCCUCCUCCUUCCCUCCCUCCCAGCCAACCGCCGCUGCAAAACCCCCGUCGUUGUCGACGCCGACGAGGUUAUGUUUUGAUAUCCGAAAUCUGGGCAGAGUUGAUUGCCAUUCAGAUUGUAACAUAUAGACAAAUAGCGAGAAUAGUUUUAGACUCAUUUGGGUUUGUGUCCCGAUUCCAUGAGCAUAAGAUGGCCAAGACGGUUGACACCAACCUAUCUCUCUCAGAUUAUAAGAACCCAGAAAAACCCAAUAAAGGCUCUUCACAUUUUCAAUGAAGCCAAAUCCAGGUACCCCAAUUACUGCCACAAUGGUCCUGUUUAUGCCACCAUGAUCAACAUCCUUGGAACAUCAGGGAGGCUGACUGAGAUGAGGGAUGUGAUUGAGCAGAUGAGAGAGGAUUCAUGUGAAUGCAAGGAUUCUGUUUUUGUGUCUGUUAUUAAGACAUAUGCCAAUGCUGGCCAGGUAGAUGAAGCAAUGUCUCUGUACAAAACAAUUCCUCAGUUUAACUGUGUUAAUUGGACAGAAUCCUUCAACACCAUUUUGCAGAUAAUGGUGAAUGAGAACCGGCUUGAAAUGGCCCACCAUCUCUUUGUUGAGAGCUCUUGUGGUUGGGAAGUGAGGUCUCGGGUUCGAGCAUUGAACUUGCUUAUGUAUGCUCUUUGCCAGAAGAGUCGCUCUGAUUUGGCACUGCAGUUAUUCCAAGAGAUGGAUUAUCAAAGUUGCUACCCUAAUAGGGACAGCUAUGCAAUUUUGAUGAAGGGAUUGUGCCAAGACAGGAGGUUACAUGAGGCCACCCAUUUGUUGUAUUCAAUGUUUUGGAGGAUCUCACAGAAAGGUAAUGGUGAGGAUAUUGUAGUCUAUAGAACUCUUUUGGAUGCUUUAUGUGAUGCUGGAAAACUUGAAGAAGCUGUGGAAAUUCUAGGUAAAAUUUUGAGGAAAGGACUGAAGGCUCCGAAGCGAUGUUAUAACCAUCCUGAUCUUGGCCGGUUCUUGGAUGGCAAACAUAUAGAAAGUGCUAAACAUGUGAUUCAUGAAGCUUUAAUCAAAGGCUCAAUUCCUAGUUUGGCUAGUUAUAAUGCCAUGUCUGUUGAUCUGUACACCGAAGGUAAGAUAGAUGAGGCUGAUAAGGUCAUCAUGGAAAUGCAAGACAGAGGCUUUAGACCAACACAUUCUAUCUUAGAGGCAAAAGUAGCUGCAUUGUGCAAGGUUAGUAAGGUGAACGAAGCAAUCAAGGUAAUUGAGGAAGACAUGGUGAAAGUUAAUUGUCUACCAACUGCUAGAGUGUACAACAUUCUCUUGAAAAGCCUAUACAAUGUUGGAAAUUCUAUGACUGUACUCGAGAGCUUGAACAAGAUGUCGAACAAGGUAGGUAGUGCAGGUGACAGAGAUACUUACGGCAUGUUGCUGGAAAUGCUUUGUGGUGAGAAAAGUGCAGCUAAAUGAAAUAAGGUCAAGAAUGAAAUGGUGAUCAAAACUAGUCAGCACAUACAACUCAGAAUUAGCUUGGCAAUUAUGCAGAGUUGACCAGAGAGUUCACCCAAAGUUGACUUUUUGGAAUUGAUCUCCAAAUGCUAUGACAGCUGAUGGAAGCCCAAAAGGACAUUGAUUCACACUUGUGCUGAGUUGUUUUGACGUAUAGAAGUGAAAGAAGCUGCUCUAAUUAGUCAAUUCGUAGAAAUGAGCAAAUCUUGUGUAGUGAACCAAAUAAACCAUGGGUUUGAGCUUAAGUAAGAUGCUGAAUGAAGUCUACACGUGCUGUAUAGUUAAAA